AUACGCGACGACGAUAUUCGCGACUCGGAAAAAUGAGCGUGUGUGUGUGUGUGCGUGCGUGCAAAAUACGGAGUACCAUUAGUGGUGAGCUGAGAAUUGUAAUGUGUUGAAGUAGGAGGUUGGAAUAGCAGUGCUAUCUCUCCCUAUCUCUCCUCUUUUUUAUUUAACUGUCUCCCUUCCAAGUAAGGGUUUGAACGGUUUUGCAUUUUUUGUAGGCACGCGAGAAAACGAAAUGACAAACCAACCAUCCAUAGUAGAUAGACUAAUACUAUAUACGUAUACGUAUACAUAUCUACAGGUUUGUACGGCCGUAACCAAGGACGGUGACACUACACUAAUGACACUUGUCCACAACCCAAAGGUGAUGGCGUCUCUCCAACAGGCCAGCAGGUGCCGGGAAGACGACACGCCCCCUGCACCAGGUUUUCCUUCAUCACUUCUUGCAUUGUCGGACAUACUCGAAGGUCGCCAUUCCACGUCACUCCAGCAGUAUGGAACCGAGACCAGGAAGAAAACUGGCCACACCCCCAACAAGGUCCCCGGUGGUUUGUUUACUGGUUCCUGUGGCGACGAGACUCCGUCGUCGUCCCUAGCAACCAAACCCAGACCCAGCCCACUGCUAGUUUCGUCAACGUCUCACGCUAUACAAAAACCAGUUUUGAAAACUAGUUCUACUGGUACAUCGGAAAUGGGUACACGCAAUAGUGGUCCAGUUGCUAUCCAGGAAUUCCCCAAAAUCUUGGGAAUUUUGAAAAAAGAGGACAAAAUCAUAGCAAACUUUGCUGCCGGCAAAAGCCAGGAGCCUUCCACUUCCAAUUUCGACCUUUUGACCUCCGUUUUCAGAGGGACCGAACCUGUCGAAACAGAAAACAUUAAAACAACAACAACAACAACAACAACAACACGAGCAACAAACUAAACAAAAGGGAACGGAAGGAGAGCAUUCGUCGAGUGGUGCUACCGCAGUUGUCGGUUCGGGCGGCGAGGCGUCCCAUUCCCAUUCCACUGAAUCUGGAACCGGUCUGCGACUGGCACAGUACACACUGGACAGUGUACCUGAAGCCCAGGUUACGCAAUCGCGUUACUCCUCUCGUCUCCUUGAGCUAAUGUCUUCUGCCAAAAAUACGCUACUAACAAAACCUUUGCCGUCCGAAACACAGGGAUUUACGACAAUCGAUUUGGCAGUUAACCCCAAAGAAACUGAUGCGAGCUCAGCGUCGACUGCGAGUGAUUCCGUUAGAGCGAGUGGAGCAGAGCAUUUUCAGGAGGGGAUUCGGAGAUUGAUGAACUUACAACUUCAUUUCUACCUGAGGGGUCUCCUGAUCAAGCCUGAUGAUAUGCCGGUGGUGAAAAACGCUCCCCUCGAUUGUCUGGAGUUUUUCCACCAUUGGUUUGCCGCCUGUGUUAAGAAAAUGAAAGAACAACACAGUUUCCCGCUAGACCCUGAAAAACUCGACGUCGUCCGUGAAAUAAUGGCUGACAAGCCACAGGGAGAUUUUGAAAUGUAUCUCUCCAUUGCAAUGAGUGGACUGAGGAUUAUGUUAAUUGAAUGUGAUGAUCCGGCAAGAGUAAUCGCCUCAUCUGCUGCCUUGGCAACCGAUAAACAAUCUCAGGGAUCGACGUCGUCAGAGUCAGAUGUAGUCAUGGAAGCACAGCCAACGACAUCUUCCUCGUCGGUCGCUACGCCAACAACAGAUGAACCAUCCGAAAUGCAACCGCCGACAACAACACCUGAUGCAGGGGUUGCCAUAGAAACAGCACCUAGCAAUGCAGCCGGUGCCCAAGACCAUGAGUCUGGUGGUGGAAAUAAAUUUAAACCAAAGUCUCUAUUUUCAGUGGAAACAAGAAACUCUGAGAAUGAUUUUCUCUCUCCUCUUUUUACGAACUGGCCUUGUAUUGUGACAACUGUCCUGGGAUGCUACCCUCCUGCCCCAUCCGUGGAUCGCGCAACCCUCCCUCAGCAAAGAGACCAAGGCAUCGGGCAACCAGGCGACCCAUUGCAGGAUUGGCCGUCCCAGAGUAAAGGAUUAUCUUCGGUUCAAUCCAUCGAUAGCUUCACUUCUCACUUUGUGCUAAACUGUGACGAAACAUCCAUUGAAAAUUUCACAUCCACGAUUGUCGAAAAGAUCAAUUCGUGUUUAGCCGAAUCAAAUCAGUGUUCGGUUGAUAUCCUUGAUCUGAGUGUACACGACGUCAACAUGAGACUGGUUGACGACAGGGUCAUCCCCAUUCUGGUCGGGAAACGGUUCCUGGAUUCGGUGAUCCGGGUACUCGGAAUGGAGCACAGCAGAGUGAAGAACACGUUUGUAGAGAUGCAGCAACUACGAUCUCGUGGAGGAGAGGGGGAGGGGUCUGGCGGAAGGAGAACCGGAGGAGGGAGAGAGGGAGGAGGGAGAGGGUUAAGGUCUGAAAUUGACAGUGGUCGUAGUUCUUCAGCUCUACCUCAAGAUAUCGUGAAAGUCACAAAAUCAAUUCUGGCCAAAUUUUCGUGGCUGGCGGUUGCUUCUCUAUCUCGCUCGGCCGACAUGGCUGCAACGCCCGUGACUCUGGGGAUUUCGAAACCGAUGGGAGCUAGUUCUGUGUCCGCCGAGUAUAGCGCCGGUGGUCCGAGACAUGGGGGGACCUCUUCUUACAGAGGGACGCACAGGCAACCAGAGGAUUUGAGCUGGUCCCAUCAGCGACAGCUGCACGUUCGUUCAGCCUACCACACCCUCAACCUCCCUCCCCUCCCCUCCAACCCCCUCCUCCCUCCUUCCGAAGGGAUCACCCUCCGUCCCGUUGCCCGAUCGGAUGUCCCGAGUUCAGAUCGGGCGUCCGGUUCUGCGACGGGCGAGGUUCUCGCUACAGAGGUAGAAAUGGGUUCGGGUCACGACAGCAGUUUCGAUGAAGAAGGCAUCUCGGAUCAGGACGCUGAGAGACCAGGUUCAUCGUUUCUUCAUUCACCGUCCGACGCCGCCUCGUACAUUCCCAUGUCUCCCACAAACCUGUCCAACCUGAUUGACCCGCACCUCCUAGGAGUGUGGAGCUCGUCAAGCUCGUCUGACGAGGACGGAUUCAACACUGAGACCUUCUUCACCUUUGAGGAGGCCGCUGACACUUCGCCUCCGAGGCCGAGAGAGCAAGCCCUCGCCUCUCCUGACAACAUCUACCCGUUUGCCUGGGCUCUGGACGGACGGAGGAUCGGAGAAUCGUCUAAUUCUUCCUUUAGAAGCGACUCACCGUCGCAUUUCUUGUUCGGAGGUCACCACGAGCAGAACAUGCCUCUCUUCACCAUCCCUAGUGUCAGGUUCGGGGCCGGUUUUCUCUCCAGAACUUUCUCCCGUUUCGUAAAGGACCUCGUCGAUAUCGCUGUUACCAUCUGCGACGACAAAACCACCAAGACAAAGUUGGUGUUGCCGGCGAAACUGCAGUGUCACCUAGUGAGGCAGACUCUAUCCCAAUUGGAGAGCACCUGGAGAUGGGUGAUAAAAGUACUGGAUGUUGCCGAGGGCCAGCUGCAGCGGGGGCAAAACUUUGAUGUUCAGCGUCACGUGAUGUCACUCCGUAGCGACGGCCCCACCCCCACGACAUCAUCGCACACUCCCUCCCACGACUCGUAUCGCAGUUUCAUCGGUUCAACUCCAGCAGAGUACAUGACCUAUCUCCUGAGAGCCCAUGCCAAGGAGGACACAGAUUGUCUGCCUGUUAUUGACCUUUACGGGUAUGAACAUGUUGUGUUUGUGUUGGAUGCUCUCAUAUACACACUCACCCACUGGCCCAAAGCUGCAGUCGUUCAAACCGACCAAUCAAAUCAAUCGAACCCCGCGACGACAUCACCUCCGUCCUCCGGCAACCAAUCAACCAAUCAAAACACGGGAACAGAGCCACUCCAAAUGGAGCACACCUCGGCGACCGACAUGGAUACAGCUGUCGCUAGGGACGAACGGUUUUUCAAGCGCAGUGAGUCGAUCCUGGCGAGCAGCGGGACCUCUGAGAGCGAGGGGGACCACGAAACCCAAAAAUCGAACCAGAAUUUUUUCGGCCCCCGGAGGGCGCUCAUCGAAUCGCCCGACUUUGUGGGGAACGAGAGUUUUUUCGGUGGGGGGGCAUCGGAGGGUCAAUUUUCGCAGCCGUUGAGCGAAGCUUAUCCGUUGGCACAGCAACCGCAUCUCCUGAAGCCAAACGCGAAGAAGGAACAGUUGUUCAGUACUCCGGGGAGGUUGGGAGGGGAGGGAGAGGGGGGAGGAGGGGGAGAGGGGAGAGAGGAGAGGAGGACGGGGAGGAGGGAGCUGCCUGUUUCUUACGACAGCAGUGAGGGAAGUGCCCCGGCCAUCCUACCUCCCGUGACCCUCUCUCUCUCGGUCGACACGGCUCUCCAGAGGUGGCACAACUGCAUCAGUGUCUUUGCCCACGUCUUCCUGGCCGAGGGACCCGGAGGAGAGAGAGAUAACUUCCUCAACGCCAGAGCCGGGUUUGCCAGUCGUAUGGCCAGGUUCAGACAGCAGGUGAGUCAGCUGUACGAUGCGGCCAUGACCCACCGGGAAUGGAGCAGCUCAGUGUCCAACUCCCUCUCCCUCAAGAUUAGGAGGGACUUCCUCCUACAAGAUGCCUUGGAGAACAUGCAACAGCUCACAAAGUUCCACUAUUCUCAAGUGAGGGUGAAGUUCGAGGGGGAGGAAGGAUCGGGUCCAGGAGUCAACCGAGGGUUCUUCUCCAGUCUGGCCAAUGAACUCAAGUCCUCCGACACUUCAAAACCAGUUCUGAAACAGGUGGGUGUUCUACUCUCGGAGCCAGGCAAACAACCGGAACAGAGUGGUCUCUUUGCUCCUUGUCCCUUUCUGCCUUCUCACAGCAUUUCUCCCUCAAAACUUACCACCAUCAGGGAGCAGAGAAGGAAGUAUUUCCGAGCCGUGGGCAGAUUCUUGGGUCUGUGUUUCUGGUUCAGAUAUACCAUUCCCCUUAUGGUGUGCAGACAUGUGGCCAAAUAUCUCCUGGGAAGGGACUUGGCGUGGCACGAUCUGGCGUUCUACAACGCGGAUCUCUACGAGGGGCUGCGAAGAAUGCUCCAAGACGUUCAGGAGGAAAAGAAAUCAGAGGAAGAUUUUACCAACACCUACUGUUGCUACUUUGAGGCCCCUCUGUCGGGCUCAGUAGAGCCAUUUCUGGUGGACCUGAUUCCAGGAGGCUCCAAGAUACCUGUCACUCCCGAUCGAGUCCAGGAAUACGUCAGGUUGUAUGCGACGUUCAUGAUGUACGGAUGUGUCCGCGACGAGCUGAAGGCCAUGAAAGAGGGACUCAAUGAUGUCAUACCUCCAGAGCUUCUAUCAGGACUCACUGCCGAGGAUUUCCAGUUGCUACUCUCGGGAGGGUCGGCCAGCAUAUCUCUCUCGCGACUCAAAUCAGUCAUUCGGUUCAACCACACCCACGGGAGCUCGCCCACAGUCUGCGACAGAUUUGAAAAGAUGUUCUGGAGGGUUGUCAGUCACAUGACCAACACUCAGAGACAAGAGCUCCUCUAUUUCGCAACCGGCAGCGGGGCCCUCCCUUCGUCUUCCGAGUCUAACGAUCAAAAUCCAGCCAUCCAGAUAACAAUCAACGUGAUAGGGACGGGCAACACCAAAUCUCUGCCAGUGGCCUCCACAUGUAGCCAGCGAAUGUCGAUCCCUCUCUAUCCUUCCUACCUCAUUCUCAAGAAGAAACUCCUGCAAGCCAUCCAGUGCCAGGCUUACGGUCUUGGGUAAUAUUAUUACAUUGUCGUUGAACUCUACUACUACAUCUUUCUCUCACAUUACUUAUUAUUGCAUUUUCUUACGUCAUCUGCACUUCUUCCUCUCUCGAAUGUUACUUUUGUUCAAAAAUUAUCAUUUUAUGCGAGCAAGCGGACUAUAAUAGAGUGUAACCUAUUAAUAUUGAUGUUGCAUCAAAUAAUCAUGAACUCUGGUGCACAACCGGCUAUCUUCAUUGUGCUCUGUUUACAUAGCC